GUCCACUCGCGCGGGAGAGACGGGGAGGAUUUGGAAUGAAGCUCGGUGGUUAAAGUUGGAUACGGCAGGUUAAGCUCAUACAGUAUAAUUCUCUGUCUUAGACCACGAGCGAAAUGGAGGAUGACUUCGGCCAGUCUCUUACGCCGCCGGUGUCGCCCUUCGAGCCCGAUAGUCAGUGCGACUUCAGUCCGGCGCGGCCACCCUGGUUCUCCUGCGCGUUUGAACCGAGCCGGGACGAAGCCAGGACAGUGUCUUCGGAAGGUUACAUCGCCAGGGGCUCGCUAAAGAGGCUAAUGUUGAGGCUGGACCCUGCUCCAGGGGACUGUGAGGCGGACACCGUGGAGCUCUUCGGCUUUCCCUGGGUCACAGAGACUGCGCUGGUCGAGUCCUCCAAUUUUCUGUUCAGCUUGUUCAAGCAGAAGAUUCUCAGCCUGGAGUCUUUGGUGCAGAACAGCUCGCAUGACUUUGCGCAAGCGAGCAGCCUCCAUUUUGAAGCGGAAGCUCUGAGGCAGCAGUGUGUGCAGUUCCUCCAGUAUGUGAAGGUCUUCACUUUCAGGUUUGUGGAGCCUCCUCGAGCUUUGGACGAGGGCGUAACGCACCCGUACGAGGACCUGGAGGCGCAGUUUCCCUCUGCGCUGUUGGAGGAGCUCUUCGGGGUCACCCUCCUCAUCGGACGGCUCCGCGAUCUGCCCGCCAAUGUUCAGAGCUCCUUCACCAUACACCACCAGGGCAAGCUGUUCCCUCCCUCGUGGCACCUGCUGCAUCUGUACCUGGACUGCCACUGGUCCCUGCUGGAGAUCCUGCACCUGCUGGGGGAAAAGAUGCAGAGUCAGGUGGUGUAUGCGCACCAGUUUGUGAAUCUCACGGGGGAGAAUCUGACCAGCGUCAGUCUGUUUGAGGAGCAUCUCAACAGUCUGCUGUGUGACCUCAUCAGCAUGGCGAUGAAUAAGUACAGCAAGGUGAGACCCACAGAGGCUCUGACCACCCAGCACUACCACUGCACCUGCACCAAGGAGCUGUGGAUCCUCAUCAGACACCUGCUGGAGCACAGGAGCAGGGUGCUGCACACACAGUCCUUCUGGAGCUACAUCAGUGCCCCACUGCAGGGACUCCUGAAGGGCGAAUCGCAGGCCAGUCUCCCCAGCCCCUGCAGGGACACGCUGGGCUUCACCUGGUGGCUGGUGACUCAGCUGGCCGACCUGGGCCAGUACAGCCGAAACGGGACCCUUCACAGCGAGAAAGUGGAAGACAACUGGAGCUUAGUCAUUGAGCUGCUCAAGCUAACCUGCAGUCCUCAGGGAGGCUUGCAGGAGGAGCAGGUGCGGAUGCAUGUUCACUGCUGUCUCAGUCUGUGUCUCCUGUGGGACUCUAACAGCAGUGCCGUCACUACCCUGUGGGAGUACUACUGCAAAAACCUUAACGCUUCCUUCACGGUGCCCUGGCUGGGCGUGGCAGGGCUGUGCUCCGUCAGCCGGACUCCCCUCGCCCUAUUGGAGAAAGCGCGGGUCUGCUGCAGCCGCGAGCCGCGGAGCCCCUCCCUCCUCCGCUCGGCCGGCCACGCCCAGCUCUACCGCUCUGCGAACUCCUUCCACAUCUUCCUGCGCAUCCUGGCGCUGCACCUGACCCAGGACGGCGCCGCCGCCGGCGCCCCCUGGAGGCAGAUGAAGGGCAGGAUAUACUCCAAGUUUCACCAGCGGAGGAUGAAGGAGCUGUCCGAGGGCGGCCUGUCCAACUUCCUGCUGCUCUUCCUGGUCCUGGCGCGCGCGGGCGAGCUGGAAGACGUGGCGGCUCGGACCUUCGACCUGCUGGAGCUGCUGUCCCCGCCCCCCCUGGGCCCCGCCCUGCAGGCCCUGGUGUGGCGGGGCCAGCUGGCCCUGCUGCUGCUCUUCGUGGAGAAGGGGCUGGACGUGGGGGCGCUGGCCGAGCGGCUGGGCGCCGCCUUCGCCCGGGCCGCCCGCGAGUUCUACCUGAAGACCACGGAGCCGGCGCGCAAGCUGGCGCUGUGGGCGCCGCUGGAGUCCUACCUGGAGGGCGCGGAGGAGGUGUUCCAGACCAGCGCCUUCCUGCACCUGUCCGAGGAGAGGCUGCUCAACCAGGGCUUCAGCCUGCUCCUCCCCGCCUGCCGCCCGUCAGAGAUUAACUCCGCCCUCGGCUUCGUUCAGAGCAUCCUCACCCAGCUGCAGAGGGUCCUUCAGCGCUGUGCCCAGCUCUCUCACACUGCAGCUGCUGCCUCUCCUCCUCCCAGUGUGGCUAAAGAGCGCCACCUAGCGGUGGCAGGGGCACUGUGGGCCAACCUGUUCCCUUUCCUGCGCAGCUCUCGGCUGUCCCAGACGCCCCCGGCCCAGCUGGCCGACUCGGCUGCAGGGUUCACGCUGUUGGCCUUAGAGCUGCCCAGCUCCGCCCCUCAGGACCUCCAACCCCACCCUGUCCUGUCCAUCAUGCAGUUCUUCAGCUGGGACGAUAUGCUGCACCCCCUGCUGGUCACUCGCUACCUUAUCCACCUGCUCCAGAACAGCGCCCUCGUGUCCUCCCUGAGCGCGGCCGGGUCUGGCUCUGCGCAGGCCCAGUGCGUGCGGGCCUGGGUCCGGAGCGUCCUGCAGCAGCACCUCCACAGGAGCGCCGACGGGACGGACAGCAGGGCAGGCCGGGCGCUGGCUGAUCUCCUGCCAGAGCUCACCAGGCUGGUCUUCCAGCUGCCGGAGGUGGAGUCUCUUCUGCAGGGGGCGGGGCUUCCAUCUGGAGCCAGCAGGCAGGAGCCUGUGCCUGCUCUGGCAACCUUUAUCAAAGCUGUGGGCCGGGCCUACUCCAGGCUGGAGAGUCUGGCAGAACGUUCCGGCAUGGUGACCAGAGCGCUGGAGUACGUGGGGGACGUCCUGAAACACAUCAAGCCCUACCUGGUGAACAAGGGCCCCCCAGAGGGACUGCAGCUGGCAUACUGGGCCGUGGGCUGUGUGGUGAAGCAGUGGAGCCCCCUACUGGCCACCUCUAAAGCGCAGCAGCUGCUCUUUCGCAUUGUGGACGUGCUGCUCCUCCCCCACGCCGUCUUCCAGCAGGACAAAGGGCUCUCCCCUCAGGUGCUGUCCGCUGUGAAGGAGAACCUGCCUCUCUACCUUCAGGGCUUGUCGGUGGCAGCAGGUGUGGCUCAGAUUCAAGGGGCGUACCUGAAGCAGCAGCUCCACAGCGUCACCUCCCACUACCUGGGCCGCUUCCUCCCGGCCACGCCCUCCACUGCCACCGUGGCCAAUCACCCGGUCCUGCUGGCUGUAUGUGAGACUUCACCCAACCCCCAGGGGGCAACAUUGAGGAAAGCUAUCUUACAAGUGCUCAGUGAGAACUUCCUGCAGUUUAAGGGCCAUGCCCCGCCCCCUCGGCUGGCCUCGGUCCUGGCCUUCCUGCUGGAGCUGCUGAGACGGAUGAAGGACUUGAGCCUGGAGCUGCUCACGCUGCCGCUCCCAGCAGUGCUGCGCUGCCUGAUGCUGGUCAACGAGCCGCAGGUGAGGAAGCUGAGCACGGACGUUCUGCAGCUGGUGGUGGAGAGGUGUGCGUCCAGAGAGGGACCAUGUGACCAGCUCUCAGCUGUCCUCAAGUGCUUCAUAGAAGAAAAUGCGGGUGUCUAUGACCAGCAGGUUUAUAGUAUUUUGGAAACGGUAGCCAUUCUGGACCAGUCUGUGGUGUCGGGUCUGGUCCCUGUCCUGUCACAAAGCCUGAGGAACACUGAGACCAAGAGAGGCCUGGGGAGGAACACCACACUGAGAAAUGCCUACAGGAAGCUGCUCUCUCACCUGGGAGAAGGAGGGCAGAUAGAGAUGAUCAGCUUGGAAGAGGACUGAUCCCUGAACUCUGAACUCUGACCCCUGACCCUCACCCACCGAGAUGUCUCGCACAUCUGUGAAUCUGUAGCUGAACCUGCAACCUCCUGGACUCUGGUUGUGAAUCAGAUGAAACGCUGUAUAAUGUGUAUAAUGUAUGAGCGCUGGUCCGAGAGUGCAGAUGCAUGCAAAUGACUGAUGUAAAAUAAAAUAUGGCUGUGAGCACUCCA